GCAGGAAGAUCAGUGGGUGGGGAUAACCCUUUUGAAAAAAAAAUCACGUGUUGGGAGAUCAAAGGAGAUCCGCUUUGUAGCGCUGGAAAGAGAGAAAGAGAGAGAGCGAGCGAGCGAGAGAGAGAGAGAGAGAGAGUGGGGAGCGCAGAGCGCAGAGCAGAGCCCAGAGCUUUGUAAUUGACAAGGCUGCAAUGGUGAAAUAAACACGUUCGGUCCACGAUGAUGAGCUCUCUCGCUGCACAAUCAACAUACUAACAAGAUCUGCAAACAGCCAAUCAACUUUAUUUGUUGGGGAUUUUCUUUGUAAAAUCAAACAAGAGCUUUAUCCCCCCCCCCCUCCCCCCUCCCCUAAAAAAACAACAACUGGAAAUUAUGUUCCAAUCGGCGCGGAUCCAGCCGGCAAGAUGAUGAUUUCACCGAGGAGUGGGGUACACUGCGUAACGGAUUCGGUGGCGGUGGUGGUAUUUCUCGUGGCUGCUUCUUUGGGGACUGUCUUGGCCAAGGAUACUGCUUUUGUGGAAGUGGUGCUGUUCGAGUCCAGUCCCAAUGGAGAUUAUACGACUUACACGACUGGUUUGCAAGGACGAUUCGCAAAGGCUGGAGCCGUUAUCAGCGCAGAAGGCGAGAUUGUGCAGAUGCACCCUCUGGGACUCUGUAACAACAACGAUGAAGAGGAUCUCUACGAGUACGGCUGGGUGGGCGUGGUCAAGCUGGAGCAGCCCGAGCUGGACCCCAGCUGUCUCACGGUUCUGGGGAAGGCAAAAAGAGCAGUCCAAAGAGGAGCCACUGCAGUGAUCUUCGAUGUCUCUGAAAACCCUGAUGCGAUUGAUCAGUUGAACCAAGGCUCAGAGGAUCCACUCAAGAGGCCUGUGGUGUAUGUGAAAGGAGUGGAUGCCGUGAAGCUCAUGAACAUUGUGAACAAGCAGAAAGUGGCGAGAGCGAGGAUCCAGCACCGGCCGCCUCAGCAACCCACAGAGUAUUUCGACAUGGGGAUCUUCCUGGCCUUCUUCGUGGUGGUGUCCCUGGUCUGCCUCAUUCUCCUCAUCAAGAUCAAGAUCAAGCAGCGUCGGAGUCAGAGUUCCAUGAACAGAAUGGCUAUCCAGGCGCUAGAAAAGAUGGAAACAAGAAAGUUCAAGUCAAAGAGCAAAGUUCAUCGAGAGGGUAGCUGCAGCGCCUCGGACACACUGAACAGCAGCUCCACUGCCGACUGUGCCAUCUGCCUGGAGAAAUACAUUGACGGAGAGGAGCUCCGAGUCAUCCCCUGCGCUCACAGGUUUCAUAAGAAGUGUGUGGAUCCAUGGCUGGUGCAGCAUCACACCUGCCCGCACUGCAGACACAAUAUCAUUGAACAGAAAAAGGGAAACCCUGGACCCAUCUGUGUGGAGCCUGGCAAUCCUCCCCACAGCCGGCAGCAGAGGGUUGUUCUUCCGGUCCACUACCCCGGGCGAGUGCACAGGACCGGCCCGAUCGCCUACCCAACCCGGACCAGCAUGGAUCCCCACGGAAACCCCAUCACUGUCCUGACAGUGGACCAGCACAGGGAGCAGAACCUGUACCCGGCACAGUCCUCCGGCUUCGUCCAGAGCUACCCACCCAUCCAUCUGGACCGCUCUAUGAACCCCCACCACUGCAGCGGGGAGCACCGGCCCGCCUACCCCCAGCCCCACACCUUCAAGAGGCGCAACUUCUCUCGGCCUGCCUGCUUCUCGCAGUACGAGACCAUGUACCAGCACUACUUCUUCCAGGGCCUGAGCUACCCGCAGACUGAGGGUCAACCAGGAACCGGACCACACAAGGGCCCCGCCCAGGCUUUCCAGCAGGGCAUGCUGUUCCCCACGGUGGUCCACAUGGCCCCCGCCACAUCUUCCCACCUCGGGGAGAGAGGCAGCACCUCCAGCUUCAGCUGCUACCACGGGCACCGCUCGGUGUGCAGUGGCUACCUGGCGGACUGCCCUGGCAGUGACAGCAGCAGCAGCAGCUCGGGGCAGUGCCACUGCUCCUCCAGCGACUCCAUGCUGGACUGCACCGAGGUGAGCAACCAGGGGGUCUAUGGGAGCUGCUCCACCUUCCGCAGCUCACUGAGCAGCGAUUACGACCCCUACGUGUACCGGAGCAGGAGCCCCUGCCGGGGGGCGGCUAGUGAGGCUGGGACUGGCUGCCCACCCGCUCCACAGGACGAUCCUUCUGCCUCUUCCAGCCAUGACUGCCUCCGGCCCCCACCCCGGGCUACAUUUUUCUCAGGGGACCAGCUGUCCGGCUGUAGCCUGGAGCCCAACUAUAGCAGCCUCUCUUCUCUGGAACCCAGGGAAACCAAUACCACUACCUCAAACAGUGCCCUUGAGGGCGUUGAGCCAGAGCUCCAAGGCUGGAAGAAAGGGGCUGAAGAAGGGCAGCAGGGGCCAACCUGUAGCUGCUGUUUCGAGAUCCCACCCACUGCUGCUGCUGCGGCCGCCUCAGAGAGCAAAGGGAUGGAGGUGGGCAGGGCCUUGUUUGUAGACGGGGCUCGUUGCAGCCGGGGGGUGGAGCCCAGGACCCAUUUAGGUUCCGCCCCUCAGAACUUGUACAGCGUUAACAUGGACCACUUGUGUCGGGCAGAGCCGGGGAGUUCUGAAGGGCUGCCUUGCUGUUUCUAUGAGGAGACAAGCGUUCACCGGAACAAUGGGGGCUGUUACACAGAGGACUUUGCCAUGAGUGUCCAGUACCCACGGACUGACGUGGAGCCCGCCUCCUCACAGAGCCAGCGCAUACCCAUCAUCCCAGAGGACACGGACUGUGAACUGGGUCAGGGACCUGCUCAGGCAGGAGAGGGCAGGACAGGGGCCCGAGGCGAUCCCAGAGAACUUUACUUCCCCUCUGAGACAUUCGGCAGCCGGAUGUGCCCCCUUGAGGAAGAGGAGAGGGCUCUUUUUCACAACAACCGUCACAGUUUCCAUGAAGCACAGGGGAAUGCUGCAGGGUCAUUAACAUCACACCCAUUGGAGGAAGAGUGCCCAGCAGCUCCCACCCUGUGAAAGUGCAAGUUCACUCAUACAAGAUGCUUUCAAUUUUUUAAUAAGACUCCAGCUCUUAGGGUUUAUAUUUUUGUUUUUGUUUUUUGUUUUGUUUUUUAGCUUUGAAAAAAAACAAAAAAAAGUGGUAAUAUGGAGAAUUUCCAAAAUCUCCCUUCAGCCCGAAACUGUGCUCCCAUCUGUCCUCGUUUCUGUCCUCCGUCCCGAAACUGUGCUCCCAUCUGUCCUCCGUCCCAAAACUGGGCUCCCAUCUGUCCUCGUUUCUGUUUUCUGUCCCGAAACUGUGCUCCCAUCUGUCCUCGUUUCUGUCUUCCGUGGCUUCUAGGAGACCAAGUCGUACCGAUGUGCUCUCCUCGUUUCAGAGGGAAACUGAACUGCGAGAUGAAAAAAGGACCAGGCCAGGACUUCAAACUUCAGGCUUCAGGCUUUCUUCAGAGAGUCUGGGCCUUCCCAUGUACACUCAGGGCUACAGUGGCCUUAGUAGCUAACCAGCAAUUCAUAUUGUACACACAGAGAUGUGGAAUAGUCUAGUUCUGUUAGGGUCCUCUCCAUGUGAACUGAACAAGCUCUCUGAGCUAGGUGCUUUCACUGGUCUGAUUGGGGAUGGUCAAUAAUAAUAAUAAUAAUAAUAAUAAUAAUAAUAAUAAUAGACUAUAUAUAUAUAUUUUUUGUAAGUGUGAUUGCAGAAUAACAUCUUUCUGAUAUUUUCUAAACCAAUGGAGCCUGCUGCCCCCAAUCUCCCUCCUUCUUUAUGUAUGUUUUGUGCUGUUGUAAUAAAUAGGAACGCAACUUUGGAUCUGUGUGUGUUGGAAAAAGGGACACAGUUAAAGAAAUGAUGUAAACGGUAAGAAAGAUGAGAACAAACGCUGGCUUGAUCAAGAAAGAGAACAAACGCUGGCUUGAUCAAGAAAGAUGAGAACGAACGCUGGCUUGAGCAAGAAAGAUGAGAACGAACGCUGGCUUGAUCAAGAAAGAGGAGAACGAACGCUGGCUUGAGCAAGAAAGAUGAGAACGAACGCUGACUUGAUCAAGAAAGAGGAGAACGAAUGCUGGCUUGAUCAAGAAAGAGGAGAACGAACGCUGGCUUGAUCAAGAAAGAGGAGAACGAACGCUGGCUUGAUCAAGAAAGAGGAGAAUGAACGCUGGCUUGAUCAAGAAAGAGGAGAACGAACGCUGGCUUGAUCAAGAAAGAGAACGAACGCUGGCUUGAGCAAGAAAGAGGAGAACGAACGCUGGCUUGAUCAAGAAAGAGGAGAACAAACGCUGGCUUGAGCAAGAAAGAGAACGAACGCUGGCUUGAUCAAGAAAGAGGAGAACGAACACUGGCUUGAUCAAGAAAGAGGAGAACGAACACUGGCUUGAUCAAGAAAGAGGAAAACGAACGCUGGCUUGAGCUAGAAAGAGAACGAACGCUGGCUUGAUCAAGAAAGAGGAGAACAAACGCUGGCUUGAUCAAGAAAGAGGAGAACGAACACUGGCUUGAGCAAGAAAGAGAACGAGCACUGGCUUGAUCCCCAAAAGUGGAUUUAGAAAACAGUGUCUCUCUGAAAUGCUUGUCAGUGUUAAUACUGUUGUCUGCUUAUGCCUUUCUUGUUUGUUCUGCAGACUUGUAUACUGUUUCUAUGAAAUGUAUCCAAGCUGCAAAGAGAUAAGCAGUGAAAUCCCCCUAUUUAAGUGACCUGGAAUUCACUAGUAUAUCGUUUUCUCCCUGGCUAAACCUGAUCUCACCUGUUGCUUAUCCUUCCUGCUAGAUAAUAUACAGUUCUGUUGGGUUCUUGAGGCACCAUUUCAUUUUUAUUUCUUUUCUUUUUUUUAUUUGUAGCACUUAAAGGAUUGUAUAAAAAAAAUGGUGUACAAAAAAGUUAUUUUAUUUUCUCCUUCAUUACCAUUUUUUGUGUUUUAUGAAAGGCUAGAAAAUCAAUGUGUGUAUAUUUGUGUAUAUGUAUAACAGCACAUUUCAUUUCUGGAAAUAUGUUCUCGGAAUAUUUAUUAUUUACUAAUAUAUUUAUCUUUAAGCCAUGUCUUAUGUUGAGAGUGUAUGAGCGUUAUUGAAAUCAUUUUAUCUUUAAGCCAUGUCUUAUGUUGAGAGUGUAUGAGCGUUAUUGAAAUCAUUUUUUUUUUUUUUAAUGAGAAAUCACUAUCAUGAGACUUUGUAAAUACAUAAUAAUUGCACACAAAGAUUAAAUAUUCUCUGACCAAAAAACUGAUUUUUAAAUUUUAGUACUAUACAGUUUUGUAACAAAGUGUACAAAGGUCUGUAAAAAUACAGUUUUAUUCAAGUAAAA